CCGGCGCUGCUCGGACGGGGCGGCUGCUGGCUGCCGAGCUCGGCAUCCUUCCCGCUCCAUCUUCUGCUCCGGCCGUCCCGAGGGAACAAAGGGCGCCCGGACCCAGCGCGCCAUGCCCGGCGGCCGCCUCUGCUGGAUUCUUCUGCUCCUGCCCUUGUGCAGCUUCGGCGAGAUCGGCGCACCGAGCCCGCCCAGGCAGGGCUACUUGAUUGCGGUUCCUUCUGUUUUCCGAUCUGGUGUGGAAGAAUCUAUUAGUGUGACUAUUUUUAAUCCAGUAAGAGAGACAACGGUCCAGAUCCAACUUGUUGUCAAAGGAGAGAUGGUGGCUCAUGCCCAUGGAGCAAUUCUAGGUAAAGGAACAAUCAAGCUUAAGGUUCCCUCAGGACUUCGGGGCCAGGCUCAGGUAAAAGUGUGGGGCAACCAUCACUUGGCUGAGGAGGGCUACAUCUUCCACAACUAUACUACCGUGACUAUUGAUAGCAAAGGCGCUUCAGUCUUCAUUCAGACAGAUAAGUCGGUGUACAGGCCAAAGCAGAAAGUGCUGAUCAAUCUGUUUACCGUGAACCCAGAUUUGCGACCAAUCAACGAGAAGAUUGAAGCUUAUGUACUGGAUCCCCGAGGGUCUCGGAUGGUAGAAUGGAAAAACCUCAAGCCAAUUUGUUGUGGCAUCCUGAACAUGAGCUUCCCUUUGUCUGAUCAACCAGUGUUCGGAGAAUGGUUUAUAUUUGUAGAAAUGCAAGAAUACACAUAUAACAAAUCAUUUGAAGUUCAAAAAUAUGUUUUACCCAGGUUUGAGCUGCGUAUUGAUCCACCACAAUACAUUCGGGACUUUGGGUUUUGUGAAAAGGGAACCGUCCACGCCAGGUACACAUUUGGGAAGCCAGUGACAGGGAAGCUGACCAUCAACAUGACAGUAAAUGGAGUGGGGUACUACAGACACGAAUCAGGGCAUCCUGUCCUUAAAACCACUGAA